CGCGGGGGGCGGGGGGCUCUAUACAAGCCGCCCCGCGGCGGCACUCCCGCGGACUCCUGACCCGCCGCAGCUACAGCACACAGCCGCGGGGCUGCCGGCACUCAUGUCCCGCUCACAGCUCCGCUUGCAGCCCGGAGGAGAGCCGCUCUGUCCGGGGCCGAGCAUGGAGAACGGCCUGCUGAAGGAGGAGGAGGAAGAAGAGGAGGAUGAGGAGGAGGAAGAUCUGGACGAUGAGCUGGACGCGUCUCAGCUGGAGAGGUUUAUGAAGGACCGGAGGAGAGCCAAGUCCCUGCCCGCCUACCCGGCUGCGCUCCUGGUCGGGGUCUCCGGGAGCGACGGGAGGAAGCGGGUGAAGUUCGCGGACUCUCUGGGUCUGAACCUGGCCAGCGUCAAACACUUCAGCUCUCUGGAGGAGCCGCAGAUCCCCAGUAAGGUCCUGUCCCGCCACAAGAGCUUCCCACCGCCGCAGCAGGACUUCCUCAACGACCUGUGCACGAGCUUCAAAUCCGGCCUGGACACGGACCGGUUAGUCGCGUGCUUCCCGGACCCCCAAGAGGCGGAGCGGAGAGUCCAGCGGCUCCGCGUCUGCUUGGAGAAGGUCACCAUCACGCAGUUCGACGUGCGAGGCCAGAUCCGGGUCUUAACCGGCCGCAGCAUCAGAGAGGUCGGGGUCAGGUACACCUUCAAUGACUGGCUCUCCCACGUGGACGCGCAGGCUCUGCCCGCGGCCGUGGAUCAGCCGGGCUUUGUGGGGGAGCGCUUCAGCUUCACGGUGUACACGCCGCCCUUCAUGGACCCCAGCUCGGCCGUGCACUUCGCCGUGUACCUGAGGAACGAGGAGGGGGAGUUCUGGGACAACAACGAGGGGCAGAAUUACACCCUCCAGUACCACUGCAUGCCCAGGAGCGCGCCGUUUGUCAGCGCCGCUUUUGACGCCAUCUGACCGGUGCAUGUGCCCUGCGUAAAACGUAUAAAUCUGUGCGUAAAACGUAUAGAUUUGUGCAUAAAGCGUUAGAAUAUGAGCAUAAAACGUACUAAUUUGUCCGUAAAACCUUUAAAUCCAUGCGUUGAACGUAUAAAUCUGUGUGUAGAACGUACAAAUCGGUGCGUAAAACGUACAAAUUUGUGCAUAAAUCUUUUAAUCUAUGCGUAAAACUUUUAAAUCGGCGUAUUAUCUUUAAAUCGGUGCGUAAAAGCUCUCCGUCCGUCCCUCGAGCUGAAAUGCUUUGCUGCUGUUUUCCAUCUGCUGAAUAAAUCAGCACCUGUGCAGUUCUGCGUUAUAUGAGGAGUCUUUCUGAGUUUGGAAAACUUGUAUUUUGUCAGAAACGACACACAUCAACUUUAGUUUUCUUUCAUUUUGGCCUCUGAAUGAUUCAGUUGUACCUUUUCUUUACUUUAAGAGUUAAACAGCGUCCUCAACACUCAUUAAUAUGCAGGACAACACAGAGGACAUUUGUGGAUUUUAUCUCUGAACUUGGAUCAAUAGACUUCCUCUGAGGACACAGAAACAACGGAGUGAUUCUUGUCCCACUUUGAGGAAAACUGAUGGUGUCAACAAGCUUCUGGACAUUUCGGACCUGUGGACACAAGUGUCUCUGUCUCAGUCUCUGUUGAUCAGAAAAGGGAUGUGGGAAGAUAAAAUAAAAUAUAAUAAAAACACA